UGGAAAGUAUCUAGAGUAUCACAUACGGCACAAGUCAAGUAUCCCUGCUUCAUUUACCUUAUCCCAAAUCUGAUAUCCUCGACCUUCCGGCUCCUCGAUUUGUCGUUCCUCUCUGGCUUUCUCACGGCGCCCUCGCGUUUAAUACUCCCGCCUCUCCAGUCGCAGGCGCCGCCCUCGCUUCUCCACGCUCCGUCAGUCCAUCGCACUCUCUGAAAGCCGAAGUCAGUCCCUCGCGAGUCGCGACCUCGCGUCUCGAGUCCUGCGUUUGCCGUUUGGUAAGCAGUAUUGUUUUUUGGAACAUGGAAGACAUCUUGACCGAAAUACCCCCACCUUCUAGAUUCUUCUUGGAAGAUCUAAACAAUUUUGCACCUCGUUCACCCCCUCUUCCAUCUCCGUUCCUCAUGUUUGCCACACCUAACCCUGAGAAAUACUCUCACCCUUCACUACUGAUAAUUGCCAUGUCUUUCCCCUCCACUCACUUCUUUCACCAUGUCUCUUCCAAAACCUUAGUGGGAACACUUAUCCUACCAGAGACACUAUUAUCCGGAAACUCAAUCGUGCCCUCUCUCAAGGAUAAAUCCUGCAACAUAUAUGCUUUACAUCAUGCUGAUAAAUUGGUCUUGGUAGCUUCUGUCCAAUGUCCUAUCAAUGCAGAGAGAUCUCAUGCAGUGGCAAAGCUGCUUGUUGGGCAAAAGAUCAAACCAGACCGGGUUUUAGUUUUGGAUACGAUUCAGAGUCGUAACUUUAGAGGUAAACUUCCACCGGACGAAACACUUAUGUUCAAGCUAGAGUCUUCAUUGGAGAGAAAAGAUUCAGAGUUGGUCAAGGGUUUAGACUAUUUCCCAUCAGGAAGUGUGGUGGACGGGCUCGCAGCUGCACUAUUGGGACGCUGCGAGAUUGAUAAAAUAAGAGGAACAGUGUGGGUUUCCUGGCCAGAAACUGGUGGUCCUGUGACAUUGGCUGUGAAAUCUCAUCUGCUCAAGAAUUAUUUACCAGGAAUGGAUCAUACCAGCGCUGAUAAGGAAAAGAGUGACUUUUCUGGGACUGGGCGUACUAGAGAUUAUCUUCUUGACUCUGAUAUGUACACAUGAUAUUUAGUCUCUUAAAAGGAACAGUCUUAAAAUCUUAUAUUUCUAUAUCUAUUGCCUUGUUUCAGACCUACAGUUUGCUUUUCAUGUUAACUUAAGCUUCAAUUUGAGCUCGCUCAAGUUUGUAAGAAACCGAUUUGAUUUAUUUCUCUUUAGUUUUUUUUUAAAUACCCA